UCACAUGUAGAAGGGUUUUGUUCAUCGUUUAUCCGCGAACCAGUGACACCAGAAGAAAACCCUAAAAACCAGUUGGAAAACUGUUGAAUGGAAGAACCAGAGACGCAAAUUGAAGUCCGAUCCCUAACCGGUGAAACGAUAACUGUCUCAAUUUCCUCUAGUAGGACAAUUCAAGAACUCAAGCUUCUCCUUAAACAAAUCUUUCCUCCCGCAACCACCUCCUCGAACUUCCACCUUUUUCUCAAGGGCACGAAACUAAGUUUGCAGAGUCAGAUAAGUAGUACCUUGAUUUCCCAUGGCGAAUUUAUUGUUCUUCUUCCGUUUACAAAGAAGGACAAACAGAAAAUCGUGGAGCCAUGUGAGAAUGAAACAAAUCCUCAAAAUUUCCAUCAGUGUUCCACCUCAAAGUUUGCUGAAUCAGCUUGGUCCGAUAUGAUGCAAGAUCUGUCCUCUCUCUGGGAUACAGAAACUGAUGGGAAUGAGAGUCAUACUCAAUUUGAAUCUGGGAAUACAAAAUCCAACACUCGAAAUGAAGCAGAGAAGAGCUUGAUUGAUGAAGCAAUAAACAAGCUUUUGAACACAUUGCAGUCAUGUGAUAGUGAUGAACUGGAUGAAAAGAGCUGUGAGGGGUUUAUGCAAGUUUUGGAGUCAGUUAACUGUUUAUCCGAUCCAAAAACCAGAAAUUGUAUGUUAAUGAACGAAAAUACACAAAUCAAUGAAUUCCAUGGUGCUUCUGGCAGUGGUUAUUCAUGUAUUUGUCCAUCAUGGCUGAAGGUUCUUUUGAAGGCCUUUUAUUUCUUGAACAUUUACUCUAGUUUUCUUCAAGUGCAGCAGAGAAAAGUUACCCUAUUCAGUUUGGAGCAUGGAUUUGACCAGCUAAGUAAGUUGGGAUUUGGAUUUGAAUCUUCUUAUCUUGAGAAUCUUGCUGUGCUUUGUCCUCAGGUUAUACAGUUUAUUGACAAUGAUGCUGAAGGUAAAAGGUCAAACAAUGCCAUUGUUGUCAUCAAGUCAAAAUCAGAUCUUAAAUACCAAAUUAAAGGUAAAAGAAAGAUGUCUACUCCUACUGUAGUUAAUGCUUUGAAAAAAAGAGAAAAUUCCUUCAGAGCAGAUUUAUGGGCAAUUGUUAAAUCAUUUAUGGAAAAAAAGGGGAAGGAGAAAAUCAAGUCAUUAUCUUUAAAUGAUCUUUUGCUACAUGCAACUGAAGGAAAUCAUAAAGCAACUAAAAAUGAUGUUAAAAGAACAAAAAGAAGCAUGUCUGAACCCUCAGAUUCCUUUUCACCUGAAGUACAAUGUAAUGAAACAAAUCCUUUGCUGCCUACAGAAAUGGUUGAGCAUCUAAAGACAGGCCUUGGUUCUCAAGGACAGAUAGCUCAUAUUGAAGAGAUUAAUGCCCGAAUAGCCAAUUUUGUAAAGAUUCCAGAUUAUCUAUCUGAAGGAACAAAAUCUGCACUUAAAUGUUCAGGUGUCUCAAAGCUUUAUAGCCACCAGGCAGAGUCAAUUGAGGCAUCAAUUUCUGGAAAGAAUGUUGUUAUUUCAACAAUGACAUCAAGUGGAAAGUCUCUUUGUUAUAAUCUACCAGUUCUUGAAGUAUUAUCUCAAGAUCCUUCAGCUUGUGCUUUAUAUCUCUUUCCAACAAAGGCAUUGGCACAAGAUCAACUAAGAGCAUUGUUAUCUUUCACAGAAGGUUUUUAUGUAGGCUUAAACAUUGGUAUAUAUGAUGGAGAUACUUCUCAUGAAGAUAGAUUAUGGCUUCGUGAUAAUGCUAGACUGUUGAUUACAAAUCCAGAUAUGCUCCACAUGUCAAUCUUGCCCUUUCAUAACCAAUUCCAACGAUUCCUAUCAAACCUCAGGUAUGUGGUGAUUGAUGAAGCUCAUUCAUAUAAGGGAGCAUUUGGAUGCCAUGCUGCUCUUAUUAUAAGGAGACUUCUUCGACUCUGUGCUCAUGUUUACGGGAGUGAUCCGUCUUUUAUAUUUUGCACUGCAACCUCUGCCAAUCCACGUGAACAUACAAUGGAACUUUCAAGCUUACCAACAAUGGAGUUAAUUCACAAAGAUGGAAGCCCUUCUGGCCCUAAACUUUUUGUCCUCUGGAACCCUCCUUUACGCAUGAAAACUGUUAACAAGAGAAGUAGAAGUAGCAUAGACACUGACAAAUUUGAUACAACAGUUUUCCUUGGACGCUCAAGUCCUAUAUUGGAAGUUUCAUAUCUGUUUGCAGAAAUUAUUCAACAUGGACUUCGUUGCAUUGCGUUUUGCAAAACACGCAAACUAUCUGAACUCGUAUUGAGCUAUACGCGCGAAACACUUCAGAAAACAGCGCCCAAUCUCGUAAAUUCCGUGUUUGCUUAUCGAGCUGGCUACACUGCUCAUGAUAGGAGAAGACUUGAAAGCGACCUUUUUAGUGGGAAAAUUCGUGGUGUUGCUGCUACAAAUGCUCUUGAAUUAGGGAUCGAUGUUGGACACAUUGACGUCACCCUUCAUCUAGGGUUUCCUGGAACUAUAGCUAGCUUAUGGCAACAAGCUGGGAGGUCUGGAAGAAGGGAACAACCAUCACUUGCUAUAUAUGUUGCAUUUGAAGGACCUCUCGAUCAAUACUUUAUGAAAUUCCCUCACAAACUCUUCAAAGGACCAAUAGAAUGUUGCCACGUGGAUGCUAAAAACCCUCAGGUUCUUCAACAACAUUUAGUCUGUGCAUCACUUGAACACCCGAUAAGUGUUGCUCAUGAUGAGAAGUACUUUGGUCCUGACCUAAAAUUUACAUUAUUAGCCCUUAAAAGUAAGGGUUAUGUCACUUUCAAUCCCUCUGCUGAAAUUUGGAACUACAUUGGGCCUGAGAAAAUACCUUCUCGUGGUGUUAGCAUACGUGCAAUAGAAUCAGAGAAAUACAAAGUAAUUGACAUGAAAAAUGAUCAAGUUCUUGAAGAAAUUGAAGAGAGUAAAGCUUUCUUUCAGGUCUAUGAAGGUGCUGUUUAUAUGCAGCAAGGGAAAACCUAUCUAGUCAAGAAUCUUAAUUUAUCUACAAAAAUCGCUUCAUGUCAAGAAGCCGAUUUAAAAUACUACACCAAGAUUCGUGAUUACACUGACAUUGAAGUUGUAGGAGGCCACAUUGCAUACCCUACAAAAAUCCCUAACAUUCAUAACUCAAAAACAUCUUCCCAAUCAAAUCCAUGUAAAGUCACUACUAAUUGGUUUGGAUUUAGAAGGAUUUGGAAAGGAAGCAAUAGAGUUUUUGACACAGUUGAUCUAUCACUUCCUAGUUAUACAUAUGAAUCAAUGGCUGUUUGGAUACGGGUCCCACAAUCAAUAAAAACAGCUGUGGAAAUGGAGAAUUAUUCCUUUCGUGGAGGCUUGCAUGCUGCAGGGCAUGCACUUGUACAUAUCGUCCCUCUGUAUAUAAUUUGCAACUCAUCGGAUUUGGCUUCAGAGUGUGUGAAUCCUCAUGAUACUCGUUACAUUCCUGAAAGAAUUUUAUUAUAUGAUUCAUGCCCUGGAGGAACAGGCAUUUCAUCACAGGUUCAACCUAUUUUUACUAAGCUUUUAAGUGCUGCAUUGGAACUUAUCACAUCAUGUUGUUGCUCUGGUGAUGCUGGUUGUCCUAAUUGUGUUCAAAAUCUUUCAUGUCAUGAGUACAAUGAAGUUUUGCAUAAAGAUGCAGCGAUGAUGAUUAUUAAGGUUAUUGCCAAACACCAAAUUUAACUAAAUGGUGUUUUAGAAUUGGAGAAAUCAAACUUUGCAGAUACUUCCACUCUUUCAUGACUUGUUGAGAUAGAUUUGUAAAUAUGUAGGACAUUGGACUUUUGGUUAAUUAUUUAAUCGUCUCAUUGUUUUUAAAAAUUAAACAAAUCAGUUUUGGAGUUUUGUAUAUGAUUAUUAUUGGUGUUCAUUUUUGUUGUAUACUUGAAAAAAUAUAUGAUUAUUGAAGGUUGAAGUAUCUUUCAA